CGCACAUGGCCACCCAGGUAUAGGAGAUAACCACACACACUCUUACCCACAAUACAAUAAUCAACAACCGGGCCCAGCAUUUUCAUUACCAGGAGCCAGCCCCAAACCUCAAUUGAGAUUCCGUUGUCCUUUUUUCCUUUUUGCACAGCAAAACCUUGCGGACUAGUCUGGACAAUGACAGACGCAAAAUACGAAAAAGCGCCUCAAGAUGCGCCUCCCAGCUACGAGACGUCCGAGCAACAGGCCACACGACCGGCAAUACCGCCGCCAGGUGCUCCCCUCAAGGGUCCCCUCCGCGCUCCGUUUCCCUUGGAUAUUCCUGAAUUGAAUUUCCUGCGGGACAAGCGGGUGAUACUAGCUUCAGCGUCGCCGCGGCGGAAGAUGCUACUCGCACAAAUAGGCUUGCACAAUCUCGACAUAGUUCCCUCUACGGUCCCCGAGAACCUCCCCAAGUCGCUGUCUCCCUUUGAAUAUGUCCGGGCAACGGCCACGCAGAAGGCGAUGACGGUAUACACGCAGGAAAUCAACAACGCAGAGCGGGGCGAGCCCGCGCUCGUCUUGGCUGCCGACACGGUUGUCGUGGGCCAUCUGGGCGACAUUUUCGAAAAGCCGCGCAGCGAGCGGGAGCAUAUCGAUAUGCUCAAAGGACUGCGGGAUUUCGGCGAACACAAGGUCUACACGGCUGUGGUGGCCAUGGCGCCGUUAGAAAGCGCGAGAGAUCCGGGAUAUGCAUUGGAGACUGCAGUGGAAGAGACGACUGUGAAGUUUUCAAAGGAUGUCAGCGACGACCUCAUCCUCGCAUACGUCCGCACACGCGAAGGCGCCGACAAAGCCGGCGGCUACGGGAUCCAAGGGAUCGGCUCUAUCCUCGUCGAGCGGAUAGACGGCACAUUUGACAAUGUGGUCGGUCUGCCGCUCCGCGCGACGCUCAAUUUGAUCCGCGACGUCCUCAAAUCCGACGAGGAACUUCAAGACGAAGCCGCCGAAGCGGAAAAUGACGACGAGCUCGUCGACUUGUAAACCUACUUUAUCUCUCCUUACCUCACUCUACCUUCAUUUCAUUCCGCUUCGGUUCUCACUUUAGUUCAGUACAAGUGUUCUCAAGGUGGUGGUGGCGUUGGGGGGUGGGAGAGAGGGGGGGGAGGGGUGGGUAGGAAAGGAAGGAAAAUAAGCAGAAGUGAUCAUUUUGUUCUCACAGUUCACUGUGGGUGCGUAACUGAGGUAAGUAGAAGAUACAUUUUGUGUUUUGUGAGGGGAAAGCUUUAUAUAGCAGACGCAUGUGGCUGGUCCACGUUGCUCUCUUGAUAUGAAAUAAAGAAUUUUGCAAGACUGGUUGUACCUACCUACAAGCCCAAAAGAAGCUUUGGCCUGAUUCUAGGUAUCUAAAACGGCAUUACGUUUAUAUAGAGAAGGAAAUACAAUGAGGGAAUCCAAAACCAGAAGGACUUUCGUCUCCACG